UGCGGAUCGGGUCUUUCCGUGCCAAGAUCUCUCCAGGUGGGGUUUCAUGAUGCGGCACUGCCUCCGUUGCAGAUGUUCUUCCACCAACACCAUCGACAUUCAGCACAAAUUUUGCCUCUGGAGACAAUGCCGGAAAACGAACACGAAUCGGCGUUUGAUGAGGCUUUGCGCCAAGCUAUGCAAAUUGGCGUCGAGUUAAAGAACGAAAUCGAACGACUUGAAAAUCAUUCGCCUCAGCUUAUAUUAUUUGAGGGGACGCUGUUAUUCUACCUAGAAGCAUUACUUCUCCUGAGCUCUUUGCCAAACGAAUCGAAGAGAAGUAGUGGAGAUUUUGUCGACAUCUUGCGCCAAUGCGGCUCGAAACGUCGCAACGCUCGUCUUGUCGCUCAACAGACCCCAGAUAGUUGGGCAGGAGGCUUCCCACAAUUGACACUAGCUCUCCAAGGAUACUCUCACACAAUAAUCUGUUUCGUUUUUAUCAAGGUGGGAUCGUCUAUCAACGUGCAGCAGCAAGUGGUCCGGAUACUCAGCACAAUGGGUACAUAUUAUUCGACCAUACAUUUGUUGAGUCUUUACAAUGGCACGUCGAACCUGGAUCAGGUCCAUCCGGCUUCCGAAAAUGCAAUCCAGGCCCUCCCAAAGAACGUCGAGAGUGUGGAAGACAUAUGUGGGAUCUGUUUGGCUUCAAUGGAGAUCGCCAAAAUGCCCUGUAACCAUCAAUACCAUUCGGAGUGUCUUUCUGGAUGGCUAGGAACUGCUAAUUCCUGUCCUAACUGUAGGAAAAAACUACCUGAAUCAUAGAUAGUUAUUGCAAGUAUAAGUAUAAUAAGCAUACCGAGUACAAGAGCAUGUCAACUGGAUACCUAUGCUAAAAUUAGGAUGGGCAACAGAAGGGGCCUUCUUAAGGAGUGCUAAGAGUACCUGGGAUAAGAGAGCAUAGAAGAGGAGCGUGAUUACUACUCAUUGUGCCAAACGAGAUUAUAGAACAAUGGUCGGAUAGCGCAUUUUACCGCUGUAAAUACAUCUCGCUACUCCUUGUAUCUAGCCCUAUCUAUGUUCCCUACUCAUUAAGCCAAACGGAAUUAUGGUCGAAAGGGAAUUAUGGUCGGAUAGCGCGUUUUACCCCUGCCCAUCUACCCACCACUUCGCAGUAGCACAUACUAUCCAAACGAUAUUGAAAACAGAU